AUGUCUUCAGUUGUGGGAUUUUACAUUCCAUCCGUUUCUCUUUUUGGCGAAGGUGCCGUGGAAGAGAUGGUCAAGAUGAUCAAAAACAAAGGUUUCAAAAGGCCAUUGAUCGUCACUGACCCCGGUAUUGCCAAAAUUGGUCUUUCUGAUAAGGUGUCCAAAUUAUUGAGUAAUGAAGGGCUAAGCGUCUCGGUUUAUGACCAAACGCAGCCAAAUCCAAGCAUGAAAAACGUUAAAGACGGCCUUAAUGUUUUGAAUGCAAAUAUUUGCGACGCUGUUGUCUCUAUUGGAGGAGGUUCUGCCCACGAUAAUGCCAAAGCCAUUGCCUUGGUUGCCACCAAUGGUGGUGACAUUCAAGACUACGAGGGUGUGAACAAGUCGCAAAAAAAUUCGUUGCCACUAUUUGCUAUCAACACGACUGCAGGAACAGCCUCCGAAAUGACAAGAUUUACGAUCAUCACCCAUGAGGAAAAGAAAACAAAAAUGGCCAUUAUUGACAACAAUGUAACUCCUGUUGUUGCGGUUAAUGACCCUGCUACCAUGUUUGGUCUGCCUCCAGCAUUGACUGCGGCAACCGGAAUGGAUGCAUUGACUCAUUGUGUCGAGGCCUUUGUUUCUACCGCUGCCAACCCCAUCACGGAUGCCUGCGCCUUGAAAGGUGUUGAUCUCAUUAAUGAGAGCUUGAUUGCGGCAUUUAAGAACGGGCAAGAUAAGAAAGCUCGUACAAAUAUGUGCUAUGCAGAGUACCUUGCAGGUAUGGCUUUCAAUAACGCUUCUUUGGGCUAUGUUCAUGCCAUUGCCCACCAACUUGGUGGAUUUUAUCACUUGCCACAUGGUGUUUGCAACGCAGUUCUUUUGCCACACGUGCAGUCGUUUAACAAGGAAGACAAGAUUGCCAACGAAAGAUUAGCUGAAAUUUCUAUUCAUCUUGGCGCCUCUGAGAAAUCUGCGGAAGCAGCUAUUGAAUGCAUUCACAAAAUCAACCGAGCUUUGAACAUGCCAAACAAUUUGAAGGAUCUUGGCGUUAAAAGAGAAGAUUUUGAGCUGCUUGCUGACCAUGCAAUGAAGGAUGCCUGUCAUGCCACAAACCCAAUCAUCUUCAAAAAGGAUGAAGUAAUUGCUAUUUUGAAGCAAGCUUAUGAGCACAAUUCCAAUUGA